UUUUUUUUAUUUUUUUUUUUAUUUUUUUGGGAAAAAAAAAUUGUCAGUCAUCCAUUAGCUCUUUCCUUUUUCUUUUUUUUCUUUUCUUAUUUUUUUUAAAUUAUGCAACUUAGAACAACAAAGACAAAACAAGUAACAACAAGUACAUCUUCUCCUUAUUUUAUUAAAAAGGGAGGGAAAGCAAAUAUAAAAAAGGAGGCCUCUGUUUUAUUAAAUGAAGUGGUACCUGAUCUUCUUGAAUAUGAUUUAAAAGUAUUGUUUGUAGGUAUUAAUCCAGGAUUGACAAGUGCAGCUAAAGGUCAUCAUUAUGCAAAUCAUACAAAUCAUUUUUGGCCUUGUCUUUCUGAAAGCGGUCUUGUGGACCGUAAAGUGACAUUUGAAGAUGAUAUUCAGUUACCUUCCCUGUAUCGAUUGGGUUUUACCAAUUUAACCGCACGAACGACUCGAAGGGCCUCUGAUCUCUCAAGGUCUGAACAAGAGAUGGGUAUCCCUAUCUUGAAUCAUAAAAUUGCAACUUAUCGGCCUAGAGUAGCUUGCUUUGUAGGUAAAGGCAUUUAUGAAAUUUAUUCGGGCCAAAAAUGUAAAAGGAUGGGUUUGCAGGAAACAGAAGUGAACCUUCCUUGGUUAUCAGGGCAAGGUGAGACGGUGAUGUAUGUGAUGCCAAGUACAAGUGGCCUUGUCUCUGCCUAUCAAAGACCUGCUAGAAUGAAAUUCUUUCAGGAGCUAGCUCAAAUUGCAGAACAGCGAGACCAAAUUUACCAAUAAAUUAAACGGAUACAUUAAAGCAAGCAUAAAUAUAUACCUUAUUAUACUAGACUAAACUAGACUAGAAUGCUAGAAAUAAAUAUCUAUAUAAAAUAAAGGUGAACAUCUCUAUUUUUAAAUUUA